CUGUCACUUCUGUCAGAUUAUGCUGUCAGCAUUGAGAAGUAUGGCUUCAACUAUUACAAGAACUCCAAUCUUGCGAGCAAUUUCCGCAAGAAGCUAUUCUCAAGUCCUGCCAGUAUCUGGUAAUCCAAGUGUUGAACCAAAAACUUGUACUCUUCCCAACAAACUAGUUGUUGCAGCAGUAGAUAAUGACGCCAGUCUUACAAGAGUUUCAGUUGUGUUUAGAGCUGGAAGCCGUAAUGAAAAAGCUGAUAAUUUAGGUGCCACUCAUGUUGUAAGAAUAGCAGCAGGAUUAUCCACUAAAAAUGCAUCUCAGUUUGCCAUAAUCCGAAACAUUCAACAAGUUGGUGCAAAUCUUACAGCCACAUCUGAUAGAGAAACCAUAUCCUAUACCUUGGAAGGAACAAGAAGUGCUGUUGAAAAGGCUCUACCAUAUCUAGCAGAAGUAGCUACCAACCAAGAAUUUAGACCUUGGGAACUUUCAGAACUGUCCAACAGAUUAAUUUUGGAUAUUUUAACCAGACCUUUACAAUUAAGAGCCAUCGAUUUGCUUCACAAUGCUGCCUACCGUAGCAAAGGGUUAGGUAACUCACUCUUCAUUCCAAAGUCUCAAGUGGGAAAAGUUUCAUCUGAAACAUUACAACAUUAUGUAGCUAACAACUUUGUAGCUGGCCGUGCUGCAGUUGUUGGUACAGGUAUAAGCGAAAGUUUGUUAAAUCAAUUUGCUGCUAGUUUGGAAAUUCCAAAUGGUGAAGGCAGCACCAAUCCAUCCCCUUACAAAGGUGGUGAACUCAGAUCAAACAAAGGUGGACCACUUGCUUUUGUUGCAGUUGGAGGAGAAGGAGCUCCUUUGAAAAACACCAAAGAAGCUCUUGCAUUUGCAGUUCUACAGAAAGCUGUAUGUGCUGGCCCUCAGAUCAAAUAUGGUGUACUUGAUAAUGGAGUCUACAGCAAAGCUCUUGGUGGAUCAUCAGAUGUAUCUGCCUGCGCUGUUAAUGUGAGCUAUUCAGACAGUGGUUUGUUUGGUAUUUUGCUUGCUGCACCUGCUGGAUCCGUAGGCAAAGCAGUUCAAUCAGCUGUUAAAGUUUUGAAAUCAGGCUCCGUUACAGAUGCUGAUGUUCAACGAGGCAAAAAUCAAUUGAAGACAUCUAUCCUUCUGAAUGCUGAAAGUGGUGCUGACGUUGUAAGGGAUCUUGGAACCCAAGCAGUUUUGUCUGGUGCUCCACACAGCGCCAAUGCUUUAGCUGCUGCCGUAGACUCUGUCAGCACCAGUGAUGUACAAAGUGCUCUAAGGAAAGCAGGAGGAAAAUUGACCUUAGCAUCAAUUGGAAACAUUAAUGAUGUACCAUAUUUAGAUGAAUUGAAAUAAUUUUGUAAAUUUUAUUAUAAUUUAUUGUAUAAUGUAAAGAAACAUGUGGAUACCUAUUAUAACAUCUAUUAAGUAAAGUAUUAAACCUA